AUGGCGCCGAGACCUGCGAGAAAGGCCGAGCUGCUCAGGCUCAUCCUCCGACGGAAGCGGCAAGCUCCAACAGGCACGGAUCACGAAGCAUUGCGGGCGAUCGAUUUGCUGCGAGCUUCUGGUUGGUUGCAAACAGCAAAAGAAUUCACAAUAGUUCUGAGCUCACUCACCAACAUGGCCCUCUGGCAGAAAGCGGGCAAUACCCUACACCUGAUGAGCAGCAUGCGAGUAGAGGCUGACGCGGCUGCACGGCACGCAGCACUGUCUGGAAGCAACUGGCAGCUGGCAAGGUCCUUACUGAGGAUCGAAUCCAGUGAGAAAGACAUCAACGACGCAGCCUCGCUUCAAGCACGAGCCUGUGCUUCGGGUGCUUCGGCACAGACUUGGCCUCAGGCCCUCGGAGUGCUUGAGCAACUGGCAUGGAUGAGAGUCCAGUCAAGCAUCCAAGUGCACACAGCUGUAGCUGGAGCCUUUUCAGCGCGUGCGUCAUGGCAGCUUGCCUGUGAGCAAGUGGCCGUAGUAGCAGAGAUCGGCCCGGAUCCUCAAUUCUUUACAGCCGUGGCUGGGACUUGCUCCAAAGCAGGACAGUGGCUUCACACAUUGCAGCUCCUGAAAAUGGCUGCGGUGCGGCAUGACGUAGCUGUGUUUGGAGUGGUUCUCCAUGCCCUGGCAAAGGGACAACAGCUGGAGGGCCUGCUCAGCGUCCUUGCAGAUUUUCAGAAUUCAAGGCUCCGCCUCAACUCCGCCAUUGUGAGUGCAGCUGUGGGCGCUUUCGGAGCUUCAGCGCUGCCUGCCUCAGGUGGCCGCCAGACUUGGGAACUUGGGCUUUGUCUGAUGGGUCAGUUGCGGGCUGCGCGGGCAGCGGGGGAGCGGCAUCAGAACACAGGAGGACCUGAUGCGAUGGCCUACAACAGCUUGCUGGCGGCUUUCGAUCGCAGCUGCAAAUGGGAGCUGGCGCUGCUCUAUGGCUUGGGCUCUUCUGGGCUUCGCGAGUCGAACCUUCGGCCGGACGUCGUAACAUGGACCUCGGCUAUUUCCUCUUGCAGGAGUGUCUCGGGCUGGCAGCAAAUGGCGACCAUGCUCCUCGCCAUGGAGAGCUCCGGGGUCAAACACGGCCCCGAGGCAACAGGUGCAGCUCUGGACGCUUGUUCUCAGGCUGGGGUGUGGGACUGGGCGAUGCGCUUCUACCAGGUCUUGCAGUCUUCUCGAGUUCUUCUGACAGAAGGACCCACCUCGCAGUCCACCCUCAUCUACGCAAUGGCCAUCAGUGCUUGUGAAUUCAGCUUCCGAUGGAGCCACGCGCUCUUCUUGCACGAGUUGGCAGCUUCUGAGGGUUCUGCAUCGAUGGCGACCUUCAACGCUUUGACCGAUUGCUUGGGCAAGUCUGCUUGUUGGCUGCGAGCGCAGAUGGCAUUGUCUGGCAUGCAGCUCCAGUCCUUUCAGCCAGGAGACUUGGCUCUGUUUGCCGCGGCGCGCGCCUGCGGCAGUCGUGGUCAGCGGCAGUGGGAGAUGGCCACGGCCUUCUUGGCGCGGCUCCGCUCCUCUGUCUCUGUGGACCCCGCAGCUUACUUGAACUUCCAAGCUUUGCGGACAGUGUCGGCAUGUGUUGGCCGUGUUGGUUUCUGCUGCUGGACCAGCUACAACAGAGUGCUGGCGUACUACUGGACAAGUCAGCUUCUCGCAUGCUGGAACACGGCGCGGAAGGAAAAGAUCAAGGGCGUUUUGGCUGCACCUUUGUCAGUCGUGGAAGCGUUUCAGAACAGUUGGAAAGCCCUAAGGCUCCGUGGACAGAUCCUGAAGGACAACGGCAAUGGAACAUUCCAGUACGACUCGGGAGAGAUCGAGCUGACAGUUCCCUCAGCCAACCUUCGGCUGGAGAGGCUCUUGUCGGUCUGGUGCGUGCGCUGCCAGACACCCGACAAUUUUACUGAGGUGUCAGCAGAGCAGAAUCCGAGGUUGCUGCUGCACCCGUGCCGGCACACGCGGGGUGGGCUACCAAGUGCCGCUGCAAAGCCUGCGGUGCAAACCUUAGCAAGACAAGAUCCUGAAGCAGCCCAGGAUCAAAGGCAGGAAGGCAUCAAAGGCAUCCUUGUCCUGAACAUGCCGAGGUUCUACCUCUACCUCUGGGUAGCCAAACUCGUCAGCCAGUGCCAGCAGAGAACUCCAGGAGUUCAAGCAGUCGAUGGCAAUGCGGACGUCCUUGACCCUAGCGUGGUUCCACCAUACCGCUUGUGGUGCAUCUAUGCUGAGGGAGUGGAUUUGGCCAAGCUGACCUCCGAACAGCGUGCUGUGCCGGGCAGCGGCAAAGCGGAAUCGAUCUUUGGCCGAACAGCCCAGCCGAAUGCCGUGUGGGAGACUCUGGUGCCCAACAGGUUCAACCACUCGACCAUCUCUCGCGAGCACCUGAAGGUAGUUGCACGCAGCUCUUCCAAGCACCUGGGUAUACCCCAGGUGUCCUUUGGCGUCAUCUGCCUGUCACAGAAUUCGUUCUUCCUGAAUGGAAAGCACAUGGACAGAAGUACAGGAGAGCAUGCGCUGGAACAUGGAGACGUGCUGUCCCUGGCCGCGCAUCCCGUAUCGUCACCUGCGGACAGCCAGAAGAAAGUGUUCGUUGUCUUCCAGUUCGAGGUGCUUGGCCCGAGCCCCGCGGCGGCAGCGCUGCCCACCGCCCGGCCAAGCGAGGAGGAGGAGGCACCUGGUCCACAGCAACCAACAAAGGGGCCUUUUGAUGACCUCGACAGUCAAGAGGAACUGCAACGUCCUCCGAAUGGAACGGUCGCCGGCCGCUGGCGCGCGUCGGCAUCGGCACCGGCGCCGUCGGAUGCCCUGUACGCUUUGGAGGUACACGGAGACGAAAUUCGGGGGUGGCUGCCUGCUGAAGAAAGGCAGCUCUUCGGCUGCGAGCCAGCCUCCGAGGCAGCGUCACCCUGGCUUCGCAUCGGCCGCUUCUACCAAAGGGGUUUGUGGGAGCGCAUCCUUACGGACGAAGUGCUCAAAGGAGGCACGCUGUGGGGCUCGAUCAUGGCGCAGGAUCACUUCGAGAUUUUAGCCAUCCGCAAAAACAAUCCCCGGUCCUCCGAGCCACCCGACUGGCGCUUCAAAAUGCGGGUUCUGAGUGCCGCUGGUGUCACUCUGAACUACAGCAUUGUCUGCACUUCCGGUGAUGAAAGGGAGCUGGGGCCCAGUGAUACGUUGACCCUCAAGCGCCCGUGUGCCAGAAGCACCCCAUUGCCAACAGUUGGAGAGGGACCAGAUGGCCAGCCGAUGAGGGGCCUACACAUGACCUUCAUCCCACUUGCAGGGUCUUUGGCGCAGCAAGCGUUGGAGUCCGAGACGGAGUUCGCAAGCUUCCUGGAGCCAGAGCCUGGCGAGCGUCCACAGCUUCCAGAGCUGUCUGACUCUGAAACCGAGAACUCUUGUCACGACAGACCAGGAGGAAGCGCUUCAGCCCUGGCCUCUGCCUAUCCACGUGCGGGCGCGUUGCGACCACCAACCGGUGUCUUGCCGUUCAACAGCGAGAGCUUUGAUGAGGCAGACGUCUUUGUCGCUCCUCGACGUAUGGGGCCAAGCUGCGCGUACUCCAAACAAGAGCUUGUCCACGACUGA